UGGAGGCCUCAGUGGACUUGAGCCGGGUCUGAGUUGUGAAUGUGGGAGGACAGGUCCCGGGUCUGUGUCUUCCUAAGAGGUUAAAUGGCCAAGACAGACAAAUGGAAUUAGGCCUUGCUGUGGAGACUUCCAUUUUCUUCUCAGUACCUGACCAUUUAUGAUGAGGCAGCUUAUGAAAGUGUGAUGUUUGCUUAUUUCCUCACAGGCCACAGUAAACACAGGUGUGAAGGAAACAUUUGCCAUGGAAGCCAGGGAACUGGAGAGCCCCCCACCAGCCUACCAUCUUAUUCCAGAGGCCAGCCAGCCCAGGGAAGAUGUCAACAUGAAGCCUCAACAGACUGCAGAAACUAUGCAGCUAAAGAAGGAGAUCUCGCUGUUGAAUGGGGUCAGCUUGGUGGUGGGCAACAUGAUCGGCUCAGGAAUCUUUGUCUCACCCAAGGGCGUGCUGGUAUACACUGCCUCCUAUGGGUUGUCAUUGGUCGUAUGGGCCAUUGGUGGGCUUUUCUCUGUUGUUGGUGCCCUUUGCUAUGCAGAGCUGGGGACCACCAUCACGAAGUCUGGGGCCAGCUAUGCUUAUAUUCUAGAGGCCUUUGGGGGCUUCAUUGCCUUCAUCCGCCUGUGGGCCUCCUUGCUAAUUGUUGAGCCCACCAGUCAGGCCAUCAUUGCCAUCACCUUCGCCAACUACAUCAUCCAGCCCUCGUUCCCUACCUGUGAUCCCCCGUACCUGGCCUGUCGUCUCCUUGCUGCUGCUUGCAUAUGCCUGCUGACAUUUGUGAACUGUGCUUAUGUCAAGUGGGGCACACGUGUUCAGGACACGUUCACUUAUGCCAAGGUCCUAGCACUCAUUGCCAUCAUUAUCAUGGGCCUCGUUAAACUGUGCCAGGGACACUCUGAGCACUUUCAGGACGCCUUUGAGGGUUCCUCCUGGGACAUGGGAGACCUCUCUCUCGCCCUCUACUCUGCCCUCUUCUCUUACUCAGGUUGGGACACCCUUAAUUUUGUAACCGAAGAAAUCAAAAACCCAGAAAGAAAUUUGCCCCUGGCCAUUGGGAUUUCCAUGCCAAUUGUGACGCUCAUCUAUAUCCUAACCAACGUGGCCUAUUAUACAGUGCUGAGCAUUUCAGAUGUCCUUGACAGUGAUGCUGUGGCUGUGACAUUUGCUGACCAGACAUUUGGCUUGUUCAGCUGGACCAUUCCCAUUGCUGUUGCCCUGUCCUGCUUUGGGGGCCUCAAUGCAUCUAUCUUUGCUUCAUCAAGGUUGUUCUUCGUGGGCUCCCGUGAGGGCCACCUCCCUGAUGUUCUGUCCAUGAUCCACAUUGAGCGUUUUACACCCAUCCCUGCUUUACUGUUCAAUUGUACCAUGACACUCAUCUACCUCACCGUGGAAGAUGUUUUCCUGCUCAUCAACUACUUCAGCUUUAGCUAUUGGUUCUUUGUGGGCCUAUCUGUUGCUGGACAGCUCUAUCUUCGCUGGAAGGAGCCCGAGCGACCCCGGCCUCUCAAGUUGAGCCUGUUUUUUCCCAUCGUGUUCUGCAUAUGCUCCUUGUUUCUGGUGAUUGUGCCGCUAUACAGUGACACCAUCAAUUCCCUCAUUGGCAUCGGGAUUGCCCUCUCUGGGAUUCCUGUCUACUUCGUGGGUGUUUACUUGCCUGAGUCCCAGAGGCCAGUCCUUAUUCGGAAUGUCCUGGCUGCUGUCACCAGAGUCACCCAGAAGCUUUGCUUUUGUGUCCUGACUGAGCUUGAUGUAGCAGAAGAGAAAAAGGUUGAGAGGAAAACGGACUAGAGGCCAGAUGUGAUGUCCCUUGAGGCCUGGAAGGCCAGCCACCAAAGUCCAGAUGACAAGACUGCAGGCCUAACCCUCUUGUCCUAAAGGAGUCUGGUGGCCCACAUUAUAUAAGGGGGACUCAGGGCUGAUGGCCUGCUCUGGCAGUCACUCUCAUUGGUAAGCUGUGGGAGGAGACUCAGGGUCCAAGGCCAGCCUGAAAGUGGGAACUUUACAUAGAGGGUGGUGGUGGGGAAUAGUUUAGUUUUAUUCCUGGUUGAGUCAGUAUAGCUUACCAAACACUUGGGCAACUGUACUGAGGGAAGAGGGAGUGCUAGGUUAAUAGAUGUGGCUGGUGGUUCGGAAUUUGUUAUUUGAGGUUUGAAUCAGGAGCCUCUACAAAGGGGCUGCUUUAUGGGAAGGUUUCCUCUGAUCAGGUCCAAACACCUGACUCUAGAGGCCUAACAUGCUACCAUUUCUUCUUCUGACUCAAGAUCUUUCCCUAGGAAGACAGCUGUAUUUCAUUAUUUAUGGACAUUAUUUAGUCCAGGACACCAGUUCUGGCAUAGCACUGGUGUUCAUUCAUCUUCAGGAUGCAAUAAGCUGAUUGUGCUUAAAAACUCAAAAUACUCCCGAGUCCCUCUGCCCUUAGAGGUGUCUCUGUGUGCUGGUGUGGGUCAGCCUCUGACCACAGAUUUUUUUUGCUUGGUUUUAGCACAGUCUUCUGUUGAGUCUUAGCUGCAAAGAUGAACUUUAAAGAUUUUUUUUUUUUACUCGUGUAUUGGUUAUAUUUUAGUCAGUAGGUCACAGAUUAUAUAAGCACCUAGCUCAAAUCAGCAAGGACAAAUGAAAAAAUUCAUGAGUCAGAAGUCUGAAACUCUGCUAUUUUGAAGGAUAAUCCCUUAUUUUACUUGAGACCUCAGAUCUUUAUUCUAGAUGAUAGAAGGUAAACCUCUGGUUCCUGGUAUGACCUUUAGGAGGACAUAAACUGUUUUAGAAUUCAAGUGGAUUACCUGAAUUCUCUCAGCCAUCAAUGGCUUAGAGAACAUCUCAUGGACUCAAGCCACCAAAUAGCUUGUUUCUGUCUAUAAGGGCUGGUGUGAGGGACUGCUGUGCAGACCCACGCGAGCCCACCUUGGUGCUAGAAGUGGUCAUUGCCCUCUUCCAAAAACCUCACACCAGGCUGCAUCCUCCUUUUCUGUCCCCAGCACUGGGCUUUGUUUACACUCUGAACUGUCUUGGUGUGGAUCAUCAGGAUAGUGCAUUCCUGUCCUGUCUGCCUCCCCUUGCUGGAGGUCUGAUGGGCCUGUAGUCUCAGGAAGAGCUUGGUACUUGUGUGGACUUCUAUUUUCUCCUUGUGGAGAUCAGAGAAGACUUUGGGGGACAAAGCUGCUUCAACCUCAAUCUGGCUCCUCAGCAGACUGCAUGAUUGGAAGCAACUAAUUCUGGUGCUCAGGGUGUGCUUUUAGCAUCCAGGUCAGGCCAGAGUAGGCUUGGCCUCAUGGAUGUUCCCUCAUGGGCAGCCACGGUUGCAGUGGACUAUACAGCUGUCCUGUGAUGCUUCCAGAUACUGUCAUCCUGGGUCCAGAGGAACCUGCUGACUUGGCUAACUCCAUGCCUGGACAUCUUAUCCUUUCAUUUUAGAACUGGUCACUGGUAAAGACAAGAACUAUGAGGCAAUCUCCCUUUCUGACCAUUCUUUUCUUUCAAGUGGCCUCAGUUGCAGCCAGGGGAGCAACCUUGGCCAUACUUGUUUAAUAAAGACAAUUUAGGGGAGCAUGAGGACAGCUGCCUUCGGUUUAGGGCAUGCAUGGAUGAGAAAAUGAGGGGACAUUCCUACUGUCAUGGGUUGGGGAUUUGCACAGCAAAUUCCUUUCUGGCAACAGGGAGUCUUAUGCAAAGGUUGACUUGCCUAGAGUACGUAAACAUGACUCCUGUCUGAGCCAAGAUGGCACCUAUCCCAGGGAUCCUCUCGAGCUAAUCCUUUAAGCAGAGUGUGCUUGUCUUAAGGAUCCCUGACCCAGGUUUUAGCUUUCUCCCCUGAAGUAAAUGACCAGCUAAUCCCAGGAACUUGUGGCUCCUGGGGGAAGCAUGGGCCUCACACCCUAAGUGCCCCAGCACAAGCUUAGUGAGCCAUGUCAUCCCCCUCUCAUUACUGGAUGGCAACUGCAUUCUUCCCCUCUGUGCUGGAUACAGACUUCACCCAGGAACCCUUCUGUGGGAGGGAAGCCAGAGACUCCCUACAGCAGUCAAGCUUCAUGGUGGAAUUAAAUUUCUGCAAGGUCUUUGUUGUUCGUCUCCUUCAAUCCUUCUCCUGGUGUGCUAAUCUCUUUGCAGUAGGUACAGUAUGAGAUUGUCAGCCCUUUAAUGUUGGCAAACCUUAAUGAGUACAUAAACAGCAGUGAGCACAUUAUAA